AAAAAAAACUUUUGUGUUACUUUCGCUAUAGCCUUUUACGCUACAUGAGCAUUAUCCGACAUCCUUUAUCAAGUUAAAAGGAACGUUCAGUCUCCUGAAAAAUAAUUGGCUUGGGAUCACACUCACAAAAAAUCAUUUUUUUUUUAUUGUGUACAUAUAUUUUACACACACACACACACACUUAUAUAUUUUAUUUAUCUUCUCUUUUCUUUCUACUUUUCUUUUUAAAUGAAGCCUUUUAUCAUUCCUAUAGUUGCACCAGAAGAAGUGAUUAGACCGACGCAUAAAGUCAGUGCUUCUAACGGAAAGAGAUCAUGUAGAAACGUCAUUAUACACGGCUUUUGUAAAUUCAAAGAUAAAGGUUGUGAAUUUAACCACGAAACCGAUAAGACCUUUGUACUUCCUCAACAGCAGCUAGAACCGCCACGAAACACUACAGUUUCAGCAGAGAGUAUUCAUGCACCUGUCUUCGUACCGAAAUCAUCUUCACAAGAUAAAAUUUCAUCCAGACCAAUAUAUAAUUCAGUAAACACCCAACAAAUACCGUUUUCUCGAUUUGAACCAAGUGUACCAAAUUAUGUUCCUAAUUAUGGACAGCACAUAAUGAAUAAUACUUCAGAUCCAUAUUAUUACAUGAAUGUCAAUCCAUCAGUAACACAAUAUCACAUGUAUCAACCAACACUACCGCAUGUAGCCAACCUAUCCACACAUCAUCGAUUAGUACAAUCUUUUUUUAUCCCGGACAAAUUAAGGGAACAGUUGAUAAAACGUAAAGAAGCAUCCCUUCUCACCGUACCUGCGAAAGAGAUGGGAUUGCCGGAAGAAGUGCAUGUGUAUCAUUCAUUAUAUCCCCUCGAAGAUAAACCAGGAAAGAUUUUAGGUCAUUCAUCAUGGAUUUAUAAGGCUGUGUGCCGUACCACGGGAAAACAUUACACAAUGAUACGCGUCGAAGGAUUUAGGUUGGUAAAUGAACAGGCAAUGAGUAUUGUAAAGAAAUGGAGGCGAAUUAAGCAUGCAAAUAUCAUUGCAAUUCAUGAAGCCUUUACAACCAGAGCAUUUGGAGAUUCAUCUCUUGUAUUUGUGUACGAUUAUCAUCCAUGCUCCAUCACAUUAUUCGAAGCGUAUUUUACACCACAGGCACAAGCGUUACUUCAUGCCAGAUUCCAAGCAGCAGGUAUCAAUGGAUUACCCGUACCGGAAACGACCUUGUGGAGUUUUAUUACACAGAUAUCCUCUGCAUUAAAGACGAUCCAUAGUGCAGGAUUAACCGCGCGAAGUUUAGAGCCCAACAAAAUCUUGAUGACGAGCAAGAAUCGACUUCGGAUCAGCUGCUCGGGAUUAGUGGAUGUACUUCAAUUUGAUGGUAUAUCCAAGAUAGCCAUGCAUCAACAGGAAGAUUUGUUAUCGUUUGGUAAAUUGAUUGUGACUUUAGCUUGUAAUUCACCUCAAUCAGCUCAGAAUUUACCCCAGUCGUUCGAUUACCUGUCCAGAUUCUAUACACCAGAUCUAAAGAAUGUGGCAUUGUAUCUGCUUUCAAAGCCCUCCCAUGCGAAAUCCAUUGAUGAAGUCUUUAAAUUAGUAGGUCCGCGUAUGCUGCAUGAAGUAAAUAGCAGUCAAUACUAUACAGAUUCACUCGAGACGAAUUUAGGUCGUGAGUUGGAGAAUGGAAGGAUUGUGAAAUUAUUAUCCAAGCUUGGGUUUAUUAAUGAACGGCCUGAAUUUGAAAAUGAUCCACAGUGGUCCGAGACGGGAGAUAAGUACAUGAUUCGAUUAUUUAGGGAUUAUAUAUUUCAUCAGACAAACGAGAUGGGAAUUCCUGUGGUGGACAUGACUCAUGUCAUUUCCUGUUUAAACAAGUUGGAUGCAGGUGUGGAAGAAAAGAUCCUGUUGACUUCAAGAGACGAUCAGACUACCAUGAUUGUAAGUUACAAGGAGCUCAAAGCAUGCAUCGCCUCUGCUUUUCAUGAUAUCUAUCCAUCCUAAGAACACACAAUAAAUAAAACAAAUGUCGCU